GACCACGCCCCGGCCCCGGCGUGCGGUGCACCAGGCUAGGUUAGCACACAAGCCGCUACAUCCGGGCGCUCUGCUGCUCGGUUUACAAACCCUGCGAAGAUGGCGACUUCAGGGAGGAGUGCAUUAUUAUCCUCCACCUCAACUGGACCUAAAAGCACACUGGAGAACUCCAACCCGGAGGAGGAUGACGGGCAGGACUUAUGGUCCACCAUCCUGAGCGAAGUGUCAACACAUUCAAGAUCUAAGCUACCGUCUGGAAAAAAUGUCCUGGUCAUGGGUGAGGUGGGUUCGGGGAAGACCACCUUGGUUGCAAAACUACAGGGGAUUGAAGAAUACAUGAAAGGGCGUGGCCUGGAAUACCUCUACUUCAGUGUCCAUGACGACGACAUUGAUGACCAAACUAGGUGUAAUGCCUGGGUGUUAGAUGGAGACCUUUACCACAAAGGUCUCCAGGGAGUAGCUGUGCCAGUGGACGCUAUCGGCAACACGUUGCUGCUGAUAACAGUUGACAUGUCGCGGCCAUGGAACGCCCUGGACUCUCUCCAGAAGUGGGCUGCCGUCGCUAGGGAACACAUCGACAAACUCCGGGUCGCCCCAGAAACACUGCGGGAGCUGGAGCACAGACUUGUAAAACAGUUCCAGGAGUACACAGAGCCAGGCAGUGGGGAGGAUGGCACCCCGCAGAGGAGGAGUGAAGAUGAGGAGACCGUGCUGCUGCCGUUAGGAGACAACACACUCACACACAACUUGGGAAUACCAGUGGUGGUGGUCUGCACCAAGUGCGACGCCAUCAGCACACUGGAGAAGGAGCACGACUACAGAGACGAACACCUGGACUUCAUCCAGUCUCACAUCAGAAAUUUUUGUCUGCAGUACGGAGCAUCUCUGGUUUACACAUCAGUGAAGGAGAUGAAAAAUCUGGACAUCCUCUACAAAUAUCUGGUCCACAGACUCUACGGCUUUCCCUUCCACUGCCCGGCACAAGUGGUGGAAAGAGAUGCUGUCUUCAUUCCAUCAGGUUGGGACAAUGAGAAGAAGAUUGCGAUACUUCAUGAGAACUUCCAGACAGUAAAAGCGGAUGACAGCUUUGAGGACGUAGUAGUCAAACCGCCAGUCAGAAAGAUUGUACACGAAAAGGAGAUUCAGGCAGAAGAUGACCAAGUGUUUCUGGUAAAACUGCAGUCGCUGCUUGCCAAACAGCCUGCUGUGACAGCAGGGAGACCAGUGGACACCACCAGCAGAGCACCCACCGGUUCCCCCAGGACGAGUAAUCGCUCCGCAGCGGCCAACGUAGCAAACGCCAUGCCACAGUCGGGUCAGACCAGUGAGGGUGUGUUGGCCAACUUUUUCAACAGUCUACUGACAAAGAAAGCAGGGACAGGAGGGCCUGGUACGCCAGGUGGCGGGAACAACACUCCAGGAACAGUACGCAAGUCAGACACGAACAUAACACAUGGUUCAAAGCUGGGCCUGGGCGAUGUACAGGCGGAGCUGGACCGCAUAUCCAGCCGGGAGACUGACUCGGACUUGCCCAAUGCCAACGACACGCCUGCCACCGACAGCCAGGACACAUGAAGAUCAACACACACGUCACCCUGCUCCCCCCGCCCCUCCCCGCCAGUCAUCUUCCACCUCCCUUGUCCUUCCUCCCUCCACUCAAAACCUCCACCCCAUCACAAAGAUGCAGGGGAGAGAAAGAGGGAUGUAGUUCACAAAGAACUCCCUCUCUCUACCCCCCUACCCCUUACCCUCCACUCCCCCCUCCCUCUCUUCUCUUCCUGGCUGUUUUGCUGAGGGCGAGUAUUUGUCACUGUUACAUACAAGACUGUCUGUUACAUGAGAGUUAAAGGGUAUGGGGGACCAAUGGGUGUGUGGAGGAGGUUGGGAUGAGAGGACGUGAGAGACGGGUUGAAAAAGAUUGAUUGCAAGAAUGAAAGCGAGGGCGUUUUAUCCAUCCAUUCCUUGUGAUGGUACAGUUAGUGUUUUUACUGUAGGAACUGCUGAAGGGUGCAUGUUGAAUAAUCUGCACUUAGGUACUGUAGGGGUGAUUGUGUGUUUAAUGUAUGUGGGGCAAGUCACGCUAGGCCAGAGGAAGAGAUUGAGAACGGGAAAAAAAAACGCCUGAAACAACAAUUGCAAACAGUCUUGUUUUUUAAGUUGAAGGGACAAACAUACCAGUAUUUGUGUGUGUGUGUGUGUGUGUGUGUGUGUGUGUGUGGAGAGUGUGAGUGUGAGUGUGUACAAGUGAGGCAGAUCAAGAAAAUUAAGCAAGCUACUUGAACCUGUAUGUUGAGAGAUUUUUUUGGCUGUUUGCAUUUCAACCAAAAGGCAAAAAACAUUACUAUGCUCUUACACUACAAGCUCUUAAAACAGCAUACACUAUUAUUACAGCAGCCCUGUCUGCUACACUACACAAACCAAACAUGACCACAACAAAAAAAAAAAUUACUUCAGAGUCAAUGUUAACACUCGAGCACUAGUCAUGUGUAGAAGGCACCUAAAGUCCAUCAUGAAACCUAGUACUACAAUUGGCCAAACUUCCCCCGCGUGGUACAUACUGCUAAAACCUGUAGAUGACAGACAGUGCACUGGAAAAAGGGAGGGUGUUAAAGGGGUAGUAGGGGGUGGGUAGCUGAGCUUUACUUGUACAGAAAGAAGCACUAGUGAUUCAGUUUCAUGGUUACUGCGGGCAAGGGGCGGUCUGAACAAGGGAGGGUCACACCACGAAUGUACAGUCAUUGUCUCGCUGAUUGGUCCUGUUAUUUCAGAGCUCUGUGUUGGCGUUUGUAUAAUCAGAUCUGUUAAUCAGUCAAAUAAAAGGUGUAUUUAUUCCGAUUCAUCCA